CGAUCUCGCCUGCAGCACUCACACUCGAACACCGCUGGCUGUGGAUCUUAUUUCAUACAUCUGCGGGCCAUAUUUGCUGGCAAGCCAGCCAGACCCAUCUCAGGGAGCAGGAGAAUGGAGAACAACAUGUGACGGAUCUGCGCACCACUGUCGAAAGCAUGCUUCGCCUCUACUGGACCUUGGCCUUCUUCUUUUGGUAUUUUUUGUUACUUCACAGAGAGGCUGCGGCUGACGAAGAGGCCCCCUGGGGAUCGACGGCAUCAAGUGAAAAGCCACCUGAAAAUAAAGUCAGCUCGUAUUGGUGGCUCCCUUCCCUUCCCAAACUGCCGUUCGAGUUCGAGAAUCCCUUUUAUAGGGGUUCACAUAGUAAAGAUAGUAAAGAAGAGGUAGCUGCAGUGACCACACCUGCCAAAGGGCUGACAGAAUCAAAUGAUCAAGUCCAAGAAGGCUCAGGAUCUGGAGACGAAAGCAUUUUUGAAGCAUCUCAGUCACCCACCACUUUGACUCAGGGGCUCCUAAACAGCGUGAGUAAGAUAAGAAGCGAAUCACCUCCCACAGGAACAUCAGAUUCUCCACACAGCAGCAUAGUUCUGAGCGACAAUGAUACUCUUGUUUCCGACUCCUACUCUCCCACAAGCGUCUCUAUCAGAAACACUCUGUUCACCAACAGUCCCACCAGCACUAACGCAACACAUACCCACCCACCAUGGGACACAACAUGGGUAGCUGAGCCCAGCAUGAAUGCCACCGCACAACACCUUCAAGAGAAACACAGUGUUCCUCUGGCGAAUGAAGAUUUUUCUGCAGAGAUCUCUUCAACAAUAGCACCAGAAACCACAGUUCCCACUGCCUUGACAUGGGCAGUAGCUCAAACCACAACAACAAACCCAGGACUCGUGGAGACCGCGCUGACCAUGGGACACAAUCUGGGGCCGGCUGCUCACACUGCUACCCCAGAAACAAUAUUUAGCAGAGAACCACAAGAUGCAUCUGUUAGCGUUACCCUCCAAGCUGGAGACUUCACUACAUCAGAAGUCCACACAACUCAAAGCAGAACUGAGGCCAGGUCGUGGGCCAUGGCAGAGGAGCCAGGGGUAAUGUCUAGUGCCCCGGGGAUCGAUCAUAAACCAGUUCUGGAAUCCACAACAAGCACAACUCAGAUCCAAAAGGUUAACUUACCAAUUGGAGAUCUUCCAGGCAAAGAGGAUAAGGAGGAUGAGAAAGGUGUGGUUCCGUCGACUGCAGACGAUGAUGUUGACAUAAGUUUGGCAGGCACGCCGUCCACUGAGCUGCGACAACAGACAGACCUUCCCUCUGAAACUCCACAUAUACUUCUGUAUACUGAAGACUGGAUGUCCACCUCAACCAACGUCGCUAAAGAAGGCUGUAAUCGCUCCACCACCACGUGGGAUUCCAUAACCUACUUGGACAUUAAGCCCACAGAAAACACCACUGCCAUCAACCAGUCAAGCAGCCCCUUUCUGAUCCCAGCUCCACCGAUGUUGGUGCCCUUGUACACAGACUGGAACAGCGCCAUGGCCACGUGGGGCCUGGCCUGGGAGGCCCACAUUUACGGCGCUGGUUGCGUCUUUGUGAUGCUGACGAUAGCUUCAGCACUGAAUCUGCUCUGCUUACCACUGCGAUGCCCAUCCGGUUGUGGCUACUUUGCUCUGGUUAGCCUGUUCCUAUUAGCUGCUGGUUGUACCAGGUCCUUCUCACUCCUGUAUGAUGCCUAUGGCCACGAGGACCGCCUACCCUCCACAGAGGCCUCACUGAUGCUCUACGAAGCACCGUUUCCCUGCCUCACUGCAGCUUUCGGUCUGGUUUUCCUUCUCCUUUCCAUGCGCUCACGGAUGCAGCUUUCCUACUCGGCCUUCCAGAGACCCUGUUUCCUGGCCUGCCUGGUUGUCCUGCAUUUUGCCGCUGCGUUUGGUCCAGUUACAUUUCUGAAGUUCUACCAGCAAAAGCCUCCUCUGUGCCUCUUUCUGUCACUCAUCUCCCGGGGAACCUUUGUGGCUCUGGCAACUUUUCUAUCAGCUGCCUAUUUUGUGUUCUAUAUCUACGUGCGGGCAGACUCAAAGCACAUCUAUCACCUGAAUAACACAUCUCCAACGCCUGCUGAGCGCUACAACCGCUGCCCUUUUGCUGAAAGCAGGGAGUGGGAUCGUGCUGCUGCAACGGUGUGUCUUUCAGCAUUGUUUUCAUUGGCGUGUGCAGGACUUCAGUUAUACGCAAUGCUCAAUGCAAUGGGUGUUGCGGGUGGAGCGGAGGUCUUCCAUCCUUGGCCGUGGUGGGCGUUCCAGUUUAGCUGCAGACUCUGUGAGCUCGGGGUUUGUCUCACCUUAGCCUUAGUGGUUGCACAGCCAGUUUAUUGUUCUGACCACCUUCCAGCUGCUGGAAGUUGUUGGACCGAACUGUUGGCAUCCAAGUCACCCAUCCUGCCUGGAAGCUACCAAUGGACCCUGAGUCAGCAAGAGAAGCUAGCUAUUGUUGACACUAUCGGACUGGGAGAGACUGAGAGUCUCCCGCUUUACACUCUGGUGGACGAAAGACUUGGCAGCAGUCUGAAUGGCCUGGACCUCCUCUACCACAGUAACCGGGCUUUGGCUUACCGAGACCUGGACAUGGAUUUACAGAGUUCAGAAAAACCUGAAGAUACAGGUGGCAGAGAGCCUUCAGGUGCAUCUUCAUUCACCAGUGACUCCACCGCAGACUUACGUCCACCUUCACCCAUCAACCUACGUCGCAGCAUAGAUGAGGCGCUCUUCAGUGAGGCCUUGUUUCCCAUGAGCCUCUUCAGCCCUGCUAGGCCUUUUCAGUGCAGUGACCAAUCAGUAAACAAGCACUGGACACUUCCCAGCAAUGGACUCUGUGAUCCUGUCUCUGCCGACGCUGGCCUUUAUCGGACCUCCUCCUGCGUGGAGAUAGCCUCUCAACCCCAGCCACCUGAAUCUGAGGGUAAUGGUGUUGAAGGUGCUCCACCAUCUCCCUCCCUGAGCUCUUCCUCCAGCUGUUCAUCACCUGAACGAUGGAGGGGAAGCUCUUCCUCCUCUUCGCUCUACCGAGCCUCUCUUGGAAGCUCGCUGGUCCUCUGCGCAAGCCCAGAGAGACAUGCACGACAGCUUCUCCAACAAGGCGGCACGGGUAACGUGGCAUCCACUGGCCACCAGGGCCAUGCAGACCUGCAGAGGCACUAUCACACAUUGGGAGCAGCCUCACAAGAGAGCCUGGACCUAGACACGUCGACAGAGGCAGACCGAUCUGUCCAGGAGGAAUUCAUCAGUGUUUGCAGACAAAUCGAUGCUUUGAGCAUCUGCAGUGAGACUAUUGAUUUAUGAAGUAGAGUCUGGUCAAAUGAGGGUUAUACUGAGGACUUUAGGGUGACUACUAUGUGCAGCAAGCUGACUGUCCAGGAGUUUUACAAAUUGAUAGUGCAUGGUUAGUGGUGUAUACACUAUGGAAGAGCUACAGCUGCCAAAAUAUAGUUUUUGAAAGGCUUUGUUAUGUGGUAAAAAGAUAAAAGGGUCUAAGUGCCAAGAAUGUCAAAAGCCAAAUGGUAAUUUGUAACUUUUACAUGUUUGAUAAAAGCAAGUGACAUUUGAUACAGUCGUGUAGUGAGUGGUAAUCUAACAAGAACUGAUUUGUACAAAUAAUUUUAUCGCAUUCCAACAUUCCAAUAGAUAGUACUGUGAGUGAAAAAAGCACUUAUUAAAUACUACUGAAGUCAGACUCUUUCCAGUUCUACAAAAUCAUCAAUUCUCAUGUCAAAUGAAUGGAAGUAUUUCAAGCUUAAAAAAAAAAAAACCCAAAACAACAAAAACAUACCACUAAGCUACGCAUUUGCAGUUAUAAUGCAGCAGUGCCCUCUACUGGUAUUAAGCACAAGCUAUUUAUCACAUGCUUCUAUAUAAACAAUCCAGACAGCAUAUUAAUGACCAGCUUACUAACUUAUUUAUGUUCAUCUAUAACUUUGUCAACAUAUUGUUUAAUAAAGAUUUGUUUUUAUAGUAAGUUCGCUUCUUUAUAUCUUGAAACAAAUGUGGUUCAUACAAAAAGACAACAGCCCAUACAUGGUUUUAUUCAUUUAUUCUUUUUACUUUGAUGAACAGCAAAAGCAACGUUCCUCUGUCGAGUGUUUUACUGUAAACAUGUUCUGACACAACAGUCCUCAAAUUCCCCUAAAAGAUUUACUAGAUACAAAGUCUUCUUAGUCCAUCUAAAAAAAUAAAAAAUAAAAUUGGAGUUUUCUUGCCAUUUAGAUUCCAAGUUGCAUAAGCAACUGCUGUGUUUUGGCAACGCUUGUGAGGCUGAAAAGGCAAAAAAUACUUCAAAUAACUGUAUUUGUGCCUUUUUAGAUGGACCAACAGGACUCUGUACUUGACAACUUAAGACGUUUUAAAAACCUGAAUUACAACUUUAGGUGGGGAAACUGAAAACAAGCAGCAGUCAUUUCCAACUACAGGUAUACAAGUCUCCAUAUAUUUUCCUGUACUUUUUGCAAUUCAGCCCAGCUGCAAGAUCAUGUUAGUCAAGUGAACCCUGCGCAGGGUGUAAUACAUUAGCCAGUUAGGAAAACAAUUCUUGCUUACACUCUGGGCCACAAACACAAAAACAUAAUUUUGUAUGAAAAUGUUAGAAAAUAAACCUACUCCUACAUAAGCUUAACGAUAAAAAAAAAAAA